UUACGGCUGAGCUACCGACACAAGGAGAUGUAUUGUGGAUUUUUUAGUCAAUACCAAUAUUUCUUCAAAUAAUAAAGUGAAAUGUGUAUGUUUAGUUUUCGAUAUGGCUAAAUAAUUUUAUCUCUUUUAUAUAUUGUGCUCUGAGCAUGGAUGUAGUAGGCCAUAAAAAAAUAUAAUUUUCGUAGUAAUGACAUUAAAGAAAAUCCUGAAAAUGUCAACAAAAUCCCAGAUAUCCACAGAAUUAAAUGAGAGCAUCAGCAAUGUCCUAGGGAAAAAUGUUAGAAUUCUUUACAAAUCACUUAUUCGUAUGGAAUCGAGAGGAGAUAAAGUUGAUAAUCGUGUCUUGGUUGUGACAUCAUUUAGAGUAUUUAUUACUACAACAAAAGUGCCAACAAGGAUCGACAAUGGAUUUCACUUGAUGGAGAUAGAGGCUCUCGAGAGUAAGAAGGCGAAUCAUUUGUCAAUAACUCUCAUUCAUGAGCACAAGCCAGUGUCUAUACUUAUAGGCGAGGAGGGGUCUGCGGAAGGCGUUAUAAAUGCCAUUCACGCGCUGAUUGCUGCGUUUGAUGACUUAUUUCCUAACGUGGCUAUGGAGGACAUUGUGUCCAAGGUUCAUCUACCAUUCCAACUCCAACCGGUUAGCGGUACAAGAAAACAUUCCACUUGUGGCGAUUUUUCCAAUCAGUAUGCAGCUAUGUGUGACCUUUAUCAAACACCUUUCAGAGCUGAAGUCGCAUGGGAUAUUGACACAAUUUAUUUGGCGCACGACAUUAGAAUGCUUCAUUUGAAAGACUUUGACCACCUGGACCAGAGGGAUCUAAUCCCGCUGGUGAUGGCGCUGCAACACAACACGUGGUUUAGCGGAGUGUGCGGCGACGGCGUGCGCGUCGGCGGCGAGGCGUGGGAGGCCGUCGCCCGACUGUUGCGCUCCGCCUCGCCGCCGCCGCAGCAGCUCAGCUGGCGAGCCGCCACGCUGAGACACGACCAUGCCGCCAAGCUUGGUCAUGCGCUAGUGCGAGCGAGACAGCCGCCUGCGAUGCACACGAUAGACUUGUCGCAGAACCACAUUGAAGACAAAGGCGCCAUCAGCAUACUAACAGGGCUAGCGAACAACCCAGAUGGCAUGCGUCACAUCGCGCUGUCGCAGUGCGGGCUGACAGGCAAGGCGGUGGCGCACCUCGCGGCCAUGCUCAACGACAGCCCCUGCCACUUGUCCACGCUGUCGCACUUGGACCUCUCGCACAAUAACCUAAAAGAUGACGUACACAAUCUAUACAAUUUUCUAGCUCAGCCCAACGUAUUGACACAUUUAAAUUUGAUCAACACAGAGACUACAUUAGAAAACAUGUGGGGCGCGCUACUACGCGGCUGUGCGGCGCGGCUGUCUACGUUGCUGGUGGGGCGGAACCCGUGGUCACCGGCGCGAAGGCCCAAAGAUCCUCCACCAUCCUUCCGACAGUUCUUCACGGCCUGCCUUGCCCUCACAGAUCUCGACUUCUCUUACUGUAAAAUGCCGCCCGACGCACUCAAGAGUCUCCUGCUAGGCCUGGCGUGUAACGAGAGCGCGACGGGUGUUAAGCUCAGCCUGUCGGGCGUACUGUCAUCUUCGCAGGCGGCGCACGUGCUUGAGUCAUGCGUGCACGGCGUAAGAUGCUUACAGUCUCUGGACCUUUCCGAUAAUAGUAUGGAAUUCGAAUUAUCCGGCAUAGUGAGAGCAAUAGGAAAAAAUCAUUCAAUAACACAUUUAUCACUCAGCAAAUUGACUGGCAAAAGAUCGUAUGCACCUCCUUUAAUACAGGCUUUAGUCCACGUUUUACAAGAACCUGACACAGCUUUGACUUCAUUAGACCUUAGUGAUUGUAAACUAAAGAGUGAUUUGUACGGGCUUUUAAACGCCCUGGGUGGUGCGCGAAGGCUGCGCACGCUAGACGUGGGUGGCAACCUGGCGGGAGAUGCGGGCGCGCGGCUUCUGGCUAAGGCGUUGCAGUGCAAUUGUACGCUACACACGCUGUAUAUAGACCGCAACGCGUUCAGUUUGCAAGGUUUGACGGACAUAGCGACGGCGCUGCGCAGGUCGGUGAGCGUGCGGCGCGUGGAGUUCCCCGGCUGCGACGCCGCCGCGGGAGGGCGCGGGGCGUCGGAGAGGGUCGCGACACUAUGGAGGGAGUUACAUGAAAGAUUGUCGAGCAACAACAGCACGGGUCAGUGCGGGCGGGUGCGCGCGCUGGCGCUGGAGCGCGCGUGGGCGGGCGGCGAGGCGGCCGCAGCGCUGGCGGCUCAGGCGGCCGCGGCGCUGCCCCCGCCGCCGCUACCCGCCGCCACGGAGCGCGCCGCCGCCGCCGCGCACCAUCUGCUGCACCAGUACUUACAGAGGUGCAGCGAAGUGUUCGCGGCGAUGGGCGGCAGCGGUGGCGGCGGCGAGCUGGUGUCGCUGCAGGCCGUGCGCGACGCCAUGGCGCCCUGCAACACCACGCUGCAAGACUUGCUCAAUGAAGCAGUAGAGCGGUUAGCGCUGUCCGCGUGCGAGAGUGUAGAGGGCGACAGUGAUCGCGGGCCAAUCGUCGACCCCGACAUGCCUGACUUGCUCUCGCCUAUAUCACACUCCGGGAAAUUGGAUUACUUAAAUUUGGCGACGCCGUUGGGGUGCCGGCGGCGCGAGCGCGGGCGGCGCGUGCGGCCCAAGUCCGUGGCGGAGCAGCAGCAGUGCAGCAGCAACGAGAUGCUGUCGCUGCCGCCGCUGCACGGAGAAGCCGCCGAUGCUCUUGCUGAAUUGCCCGCGCAUACCUUGCGACACCUUGUUAAAGGUCGACCGAGGAGAGUGAAAACAAGAGCGCCGACACGACCCGUCACGGAUCAGUCUCAGGAUAUAGACGAAGGUAACUGGCUGGACGAGUUUUGGCGAACGUGUCGAACUCCGCCCGGCAGUGAAGAGGCAUUGUCACUGUCGGCGCGCACGCCGCUCACGUCGCGCUCGCUGCACUCGCUGUCCUCGCUCGCCUCGGCGUCGCCCGCCUCGCCGGCUUCGCCCUCGCCCGCCAGGCACUCCCCGACGCUGCGCAGGGAUGACACCAUGUAUAGUGUGACGUCAGGCGAAAGCACGCCCGUGCUUUUAGAAUGCGAAGUAUCUCGAUGCAAGUCUUCCGACAACGUGGGAACUAGGGCGGCGCCAAACACACCGCCCCCUUCUCGCUCGUCAGACAAUGUUAAUACUAUGGGCAACGGCUGCGCGCGCGCGGGCGGCAAGGCGCGGCCGUGGUCCGUGGCCGGCGUGAACGCGGACAGCGCGGCGCUCUGCACCACAGAGGGCGUGGAGGCGUGCGUGGGCGGCAGCAUCGUGGGCAUCACCCCCGGCGCCGCACUAACCAGCUCAAUGAUGCGAGAUCAUCCUUUGACUCCUGAGGGCGGCACGGAGGCCUGAGCGAAGCGCUGGGCGACGUGAGCGCUACCGUGAUAAGUUGAGCAGGGUUAACAUGACACGGACUUUAUCUCCGAUGCUCACUAUUGUGCCAGUUAGAAUAACCGUAGACAGUAGAAUACCCUUUUCCCUACGCGAUAUUAUAGUUAUUGCAUUUCAUGAGUGCGCAUAGCUUACGUACCGUGCGAACGGGACGGGACAAUUUCUUGACAUCUUCAUUUCUUGACAAAAUAUUAUACGGAACGAGAACCAGACAGGAAGGUAAGUAUCGUAAAAUAUAGUGACAAAAUUGUCGCUAUAUUUUUAUAUGCAACGGUAUCUAAAAAUCGUCCCGUUCCGUCUGACACGAGGAAAAACACGUUACGUAUGAUAUGACCCUAAGUCAUAUACCGAUAUGUGUGUGCCAUGUGUAAAUUGGAGUAAGUGUGUGUGUUCACACACACUUACGUAAUGUACAUGUAUACGACGUAACCACAAUAAAGUUCACGUGCGCUAGUGAAUUGUAAGAACUAUA